UAAGAACUUAGUAUGGAAAAAGAUUUGGAGAAAAAACUCAGUGGGCUUAGUAUUGAGGAUGCGAAGGAAAGCUUCAGUCUCUCUGACUUCAACCUCAGUAAAACUGUUGGUACUGGCAGCUUCGGCCGAGUAGUCAUGGCCAAGCUUAAAUAAAGACAAGAAGAAAAUGCCGUAUGCCCUCAAAAUACUCAAGAAGACUGAAAUCGUCAGGCUCAAGCAGGUCGAUCAUGUCAAGACUGAGUGCAAAGUGCUCAUGAUGAUGGACCACCCCUUUAUCAUCAAGAUAAAAGGCAAGUUCAAAGACAACAAGUAUGUGUACUUGCUUCUUGAAUACAUUUGAGGAGGAGAACUCUUCAGGCUCCUCAGGUCCGAAUGCAGGUUCAUCAACGAUGUGGCUUUGUUUUACAUCACCGAGAUCGCUUGUACACUCGAAUACAUCCACUCGCUAGACAUUGCUUAUCGUGACUUGAAGCCUGAAAAUUUGCUGAUCGACAAAGAAGGCCACUUGAAAAUUACAGACUUCGGGUUUGCUAAAAUCGUCAGAGACAAAACUUACACGUUGUGAGGGACUCCAGAGUACCUGGCCCCUGAAAUCAUCCAGAACAAUGGACACGAUAAGAACGUCGACUGGUGGGCUCUGGGCAUCCUGAUUUUCGAGUUCCUGGCAGGCUACCCUCCGUUUUAUGAUGAGAACCCAUGGGAGAUUUACAAGAAAAUUAUAGAGGGGUACUUCGAGUUUCCAUCGAACAUUGAGACAAAGGCCAAGGAUUUGAUCAAAAAGUUGCUUAGUGUAGAUCCAUCUAAGAGACUCGGCAGCGGGAGUACUGGAGCAGCCGAUGUGAAGAAACACAAAUGGUUUAGAGGAGUAGAUUGGGACUUAGUGUACAACAGAGAGAUUCCUCCACCAUGGACUCCGAGCAUGGAAAGCGAAGAUGACACCCAGUACUACGAUGACUAUCCUGACUCAACAGACCCAGUGGAAGAGCCGAGUGUCGAAGACCAAGAACUGUUCGAUGAUUUUUAGUGCACACUUUAACUCCUAAUAAGCUUGAGCAAAGACAAAUGUUAGAUAGGGGCAGC